AUGGAAACCAUAGGAAUCGAGAUAAUCUUUGUCGUACUAGUUUUUACGGUCUUGGAGCCCCGAGAUUUAUUGUAUCGGAGACAAGAUGCAAAUGAGCUUACCACACAGACUGUGAGUAUCUUGCAUCGGGACAUUUAUACCGCAGCUGUUCCAGGACAGCCCUACUACCCAGCUGUUAUUGGCUACCCGGCACCAGGCGAGAUGUUGACCGUCACAACUGUUUCCACGCUCAACGCCCCUCCAGAUCCAACCCCGAAGUUCACCUAUCAGCUCUGCAGCGACUGUGCGCCGAUAUUUGUCAUCCGGGCAGUACCCGGCUAUAUCCCUGGCGCAUGCAACGGAUGCAUACUCGACGCGGUAUUUGACCUGUCCAGUAGUACUUUGGACGUGUCAAGCAGCACCAGUACCGGGAGUGCUUCGAGCAGCACGGCUGGUCUCCUCGUCAGCUCCGUAGACGCUUCUUCAACCCUCAUCCCAGGUCUCACAAGCUCCCAGUCUACAGGCUCCAGCUUCACAGUCACAAGCGCUUCGGGUCGAAGUGAUGUUGUCGACGCCACCACGAUGCCCGCCGCUAGUGGUGGUGGGUUGGUAACCGUCGUUACUGGCACUGAGACUCUGACCGAGACGAUUACAAGCACGCUCUACCUUGCAGCUUCACCCGAAAAUGGUGAUCAAUUUGGCAGGGUGGUCACCACAUGCUACCCAGUGACGACGUGCUCUGAAUUUACAGCCACGUUGACAAUACCCCCGGAGUCAUGCACGACCUACACUACCACGAAUGAGGUCGAUAACAAGGUUGAGACGUGCACCGAGCAGGUCCCAUGGUGGACACCCUCUUUCCAGAGGCCAACGCAAUCAUCUGCUGCAGAAUCUCAAGGUUCGGUAGCAAAUACUCCGGGUUCUCCAAGCCCUCCAAGCCUAGAUCCGGGGGCGGAAAAUCUCGCAGAGCCAGACGCAGGAAACAAUGCCCCGCCUCAGCCAGGGGACAAGAUCUUCGCGUCUCCAGGAACGCGACCCAACAACCUAGCCACUCCUUAUUCCAACGUAUCUCAGUCCGGCGAGGAAGUCAAUGACAAUGGGCCAACGAGUGGAAACCCAGGGUUCAUUGUCGAGCCGGCACAGUCACCAAAAGAACACGAUUUCAGCCCAGGUGGCAAAAACAUCGACCCCCAGAAACAAAGUCCCAGCUCUGUUCCAGAUGCACCGUCUGGAGUAGCCAUUGGAAUUGGGGACACGACUUCUGAUGCAAGUGACGAGCGAGCUGGCAGUGGUACUACCCCUGCAGUGGCUCAAGCGAUUGGUUGCAGGGCGAGAAGGACGACUGCGACAGAAGCAUUGCUUGUUGUUGUCGGGAUUACUUUGCUUCUGGUGUAUCUAUAG